AUUUUAUAUUUUCAUCGAAUGUAAGUAUAGGUGAUUCGGAAUGUAUUUCUGAACUGUAAAAUCAAUCCAAACAUAGUACUAUAGGUCACAGAUUAACAAACCAUUGGAGGUUUCUCAAAAUGAACUUUUCAUUGAACAUAGUGAUAAGAAUCAACAGAGACGUUCUUGAUGAAUAUGAAGUGAAUAUCAAUAUUGACCUCAAUUCCAGAAGCUCUAGAAAAAGCAAAGGGAUGACGGAGGUGGGCAUAGUCCGGGGAAGCCCGGACUCUGACUGCAAUAGUAAUCAUCACGGUUCUGCCAGUUACCUCAGUAACACCUCAUCCCAGGACAUCGACUUCAUCCAGGACAAUUCUGACUACCAAUGGUUUCUCGAUUAUGGAUACAGAGAUGGAGGCACCAAUCAUCACACCAGCAUUCUUUCUCUGCCGGAAUCGUACGAAGCCGGAGACCACAAGUAUUACGACGUUUUUUCAAAAAACAUGGACGCCAAUCUGGCUGAAGCAGACAUGGAGAGUUUUAGAACAGAAGACAUUCACGCCUUAUUGACGAACUUACCGCCAAUGUGUAGUGACCAUCUUAGUCAAGAGAAUAACCGCCAGGGAGAAUGUUAUGCAAGUGUAUCCGGUUCAAUGAUGGCAAAAUUUGAUUUGGACAGCUCGAUCAGCCCCCACAGCAGUUCACAGGGUGACGAAUGUUCAGCGAACUCGAAUUCGAUGUCGAUAUGCAAAUCCGAACUUCUUUUCAGUCCAGUGAAAGAUACACCUGUGCCCGUGAACUUCAGCGUUGAUUCUCUCGACUGUGAUUUCCAUGACAUGAUGUUGACAUGCCAAGCCAAUAAGGACAAUUACACCAUUGCAUUCGAAGGAUCGGUGACUAUGUAUUCAGAGGAUAGCGAUUAUCAUGAUACUAACAAAAGUUCAAAUUUGAAUGCACCUAACACUAAUAGUUCUCAGUGGCACAGCGACAAAGCACAGAAGAAUAAUAUAAAAAAUUUAGAAACUUCGAUGACUCGUUCGGAUACCAGCAGUCUCACCACCUGGAGUAAGCUCAAGAAAAGAUGUAGUGAAGAUCAUAUACCUAGACAACCAUCUGGUAAUAAUAAUAACUCAGGAGAUGCAGCUAGUCAUUUGGGACUCACGGAUACAACAGUGAAGAGUCAGAGUAUGCCAAAUUUGCACAAGCAGAAGUUGAGGAAUCUGAUGACUGAUACCAAUACUGUUAAGAGGCGCCCAGUGAAAGUAUUUGACAUCCAGCACCAAAUCAGCAGUAGUAGUGGAAGCGUUUCUGACAUGGCCACCUCUGUAGAUGCAAGUUGUAGCGAGAACAUUAACAACAAACAACCAAACUUCAGUCUAGUCAAGCUAUUUAUGAAACAGAAAAGUAUGAGUGUAGAAGGUAUGUCAACCACAAUGGACCAACUGUCCUCUUCAGAAAACUGGCCAGAAAGUCAAUCGGGAGAAAGUAAUUCAUCGGGUUCCAAAGAAAAUCUGAAAAUGCUCAAUGGUAGUGCAGAAGCUAAAACAAACGAAAGUAGUAUAAGAACUUAUGAUUUGAUAGCCGAGGAACCUGAAGAAGAUAUCUCAAGAAGCGAAUCUGUUGAACAACUUUCCGAGAGUAUAUCAAAACUCGAUUCGGUGGCAGAAAGUUUUGAGAAAGAAAAUAUUGCUCCCAUAGCUAGAAAUAAUAAUGACAUUGGUUUUGUGAAACCUAGGAAAGUUGUAUCUCCAAAGAAAGUUAAGAACAUCUUAAUGAAUAGGAGCAUUCAGACAUCGCACUUCUCAGAAAUAACUAAUCUCAAGAAUGCUAACAAAACUUAUAAUUCAGCAGCCCAACAGCCAGUUAAAAUCUUAGAACCAUCGUUUUUGAGCAAACUAAAAAAUGAAGGCGAAGGUGAAAAACCAGUUUACAUUUUGUACCCGAACUAUGUCCUUCCUGAUUUGGAUUUCCUUAAUGAAAAAGACGAUAUUUCCAAGUUGCUCUUCGUACCACAAAAGGCACCAAACACAGUUACCAACAAGAGAAGACCAUUCAGCUGUAAUGACAUUGAAACUCUGAAGAGGCGAGGCUUCAAUCAUAUCCAAGACUGGGACUCCCUGACUUUCCUCUUACCACAAGAAUAUCGAAAAAUCCUGGCCAAUGUCCCAGAAGUAUCGGAACAUAUCAAACCAACCAACAAAGAAAAACCCUCGUUCGUACGCAAUCAAUUCACGAAACGCCGUCCUUUAAGCUUCGAAUCCUCGAGUUCCAGUACUGCUACUCAGCCCAGCUCGGGCUACAGGGGGUCUUCGAGUCUUUUGACCGAUUCCCAGAACAGCCCUGUACCGGCGGCAAACCUCAACCCGCUCUUCGUCUACCGUUAUGACAGCGUCACUAGCUCGGAAGCCAGUUUGAUGAACAGCGAGAGGCAGCGUAGCAUCACCACAGCCCCUAAUAUACCGUUGAGGUGCGUCAGUUUGCCGCAAGGCGAUAAUUUGCCGCCGAGGCCGCCUUUGCCGAGAGGAAUUUUGAGAAGAGCGAUGGAAAAGAUCGAUGCCACAAAACGUUACAGCAUGUAUGAGACCAGUGAGGAGGAAAACCUCGAUGAUCCUGUUUACAAGAGGAAGUCGCUUCCAGAACCUUACUUUCUGCAAAGGAACAAGAGAUUCUCGGAAACUGAAGAUGAAGGCGUAGAUGCGGGUACGUCCAGCAGCAGCUUAGACGAAAAUCCCGACAUUUCUCAUCGCAAAACUGAUUAUCUGUUAUCCAACAUCAGUACGGAAGAGCUCGCCCAACUUGAGGAAUACCUAAAACUGAGUGGUAUUUCUACGUCCGACGAGGAAAAUUCGGAGAAGAGUAUCUCACAGUUGAAAUCAUACGUAGGUAAAUUUUUAUCUUUGAAGAUUAAUCAAGAGGGCGGAGAGCAUUUCGGUGGAAAGAAGUGUGUCAGUUUUGCCGAAAAGGUUAACCUGUUGCCGAAACAUCUGGAGCCCAAGCAGUUCAUUCCUCCCAACAACUCGCCAAAUGUAUCUGCUUUCCUUCAUCAUAAAAAUUGUCAGGCGAAAACUCUCGUAGACCUCCCAAUCAGUGAAGAAAACGAAAACAGCCCCAACUACUCGAGUCCCCAAACAACCCCUAUCCACCUCAGCAAAACCCUCUCAGACAAUCUCAUUCAAAAACGCUCGCUCAUAAGCGCAGUUACCGACUCUGUCGAACAGCUGAUGCACCACUUCUCAUUAGCAUCCAACCAAAUCGAACUAAACGCACUUGGGGACGCAAGCAUCAACCCCGCAUGCGCGAAACUCGCACUAACCACUCUCUGUCCCGCCCUUUACGCAGUUCUGAGCGAUGGGCUGAAGCCCAGCAUCGAAACCAGCUUUGGCGCCAUCAAUAACUCUGUGUGGCAAGUGGUGGAGGCUUCUGCGCAGCAGGGACCCUUAACGAAAGCGCUGAAUGAGCUGGUCAUGAGAAUAAACAGCGAGGAUGCCAUUACCGAAGGCCUAGUCAAAUUUAACGCCUUCGUUUUCGGUCUACUCAACGUUCGGUCUCUGGACGCAUGGGCGAGCUUCCUCAGAACCAGGGAGAGCAUCUUGCGCAAGCACUACACGGGUGAUUCGCUGUUGGUCAUGACCCACACUGGAGGUGCCAACGUCCGGUCGCUUUUGGACGCUAUGAUUGCCGCGUUGCAGCCUCUGGCGUUCAUACCUUUCCAGCUGGAUUUGUUGUUUGAGUACAAGCAGUUGCAUUUGAGCUUCAAAAGGAUGGAUUCGUUUCAUCAGCAACUCAGUCCCGUUUGUAAGCAUUCUACAUCCCCCAACUUCAAGCAAUUCAACUCGGCCAAAAUUUGCCACUCUUCACACAGUAACCGUUCGAACUCCGAAUCUGAAGACAUUUCUACCGCCAACACUGUGCGUCACUACCCAGUGAAUAAUGACACUCAUCUUCCCGAUUUGCUGAGUUCCUCACCCCCAUCGAAAUCAACAAUCCGAAGCAACAAGGAGAGGCCGAGGUCUUGCGUGGAAUCCAGCGGUUCAUCCAAGCUCACUUUCAAACUGGGAGAUGACGUCAACAGAAAACGUUGGUCCGGCAUCUCGCUCAACUCCAAACUGUACCAAGCCUACGACAGGUUGUCCAAGGAAGAAGAGGAGUACACUGACAGCCUCGAGAACCAGCCGGGACAAGACAAAAGCGACAGAAACAACUCGAACGAAAAUGUCCCAUCUCUUAUCAACGAGGACAAUGAACGAGAAUGUCCUGAAUCUCUCGAUUCCAACUUCUCAGACGAAAAACCUCUGAACGGAAGGCGGUUCAAGAAAUUGCAGCAAAAGUGGGAGAUGCUGAGCGGACAGAACCCCACGGAAUCGCCGCCACUGUCUCCCACUCAUGCCACUAAGUCGAAAAUUCCCAGACCGAUCACUUCACCCGUUAAGCCGUCUGGCAUUCCGGUACCGGUGGGACUAGCGGUGGGGAAUAAGGCCAUCAAGAAAGUUACAACUCCUCCGGGUGGAAAGGCUAGCGCCGUUGUCUUGAAGGGGGCGAAUAGUGUCAAGAGUUCGCCAAACAAUAGGGCAGGACCCAGUACAAGGACAAGCAGGGUGGACCAGCUAGAUCACCCUCAUGACACGCCUAGGCAUGUUCAAAGACCUAGUAGUUUACCUUACAAAGCAGUCCCACAAAAUGGAAGAGCUUCCAAAAUCACUCCUCCCAGACGAGCUGCUUCUAGUUCGUUGAAUAGGAAACCCCUCGGUACUACUUCUUUACCAAAGGUUGUGAGAACCCUAAGCCACAGGGUACCAUCUGAGAGUGGGCACUUAUCCUACAACGAGGGAGAGAGGCUGCGCGUGGUUUUGGAAGUCGACAACAAGUGGUGGUUGUGCUGCAGAGGAACUCAGAAGGGUCUUGUGCCGAAGUCCGCUGUCAUAGCGGAUACGGGAAAGUUCUGAUUGUAAAUAAAAAAUUGCUCGAGUUGUAAAUUUUCAUACAGACUGGACUUGUGAUGUAAUAAUGUUAUUUCGAUUAGGUAAGGAAUAUUUUUUAAGGAAAUCGUGUGCUUGUUGAACAUUUAAUAUUGUUUAUAGUUUUUCUUCGCCUUUCUGAUAUUGUUGCUUCUUGUUGAUGUGAGCAUCUUCUUUAUUUUAUCAUUAACUAUGAAAAGUUUUUUUAUUUCUGAUAUCGAGUAUAGUAUUAUUAUUGUAUACUAGGUACUUAAUAUUUAGAAGCAGUUGACGCCUCGAAAUAUUUCUGAUAAUUUUGUCAAUAAUUUGUAGUCAUUUCAUUCAUGAAAAAUAUCGGGAAAUGCCACAAAACAAACUACAAACACGAACUCACUUUGUUCUUGAAUCUUUCUUUCUGCUAUCUCGGCUUCUUUUUAAAUUAAUAAAAAUCAGUAUUUAUACUAUUUAUAUUCAUUACCUGAGUACCUACUUGAUUAUAGUCUUCCAAAAACCUGAAAUCACUUAUUAACUAUACGUAUAUUUUGAAAGGAUACUAGAACAAAGAUGACAACUGUUACUGCAUAUUAUUUUCUGGUGGUUGGGUUCUUAUACACAAAAUUUUUUGAUAAAAAAAACAUUUUUCUGUACCAUGACAAGCAAAUUCAACUUAACAAUGACCUUUUCCAGACCAAUCCUAAGGUUUUAACUGUCUAAUUAUGUCUUGAUCUUGGUGGUGUUGUAUUCAUUUUUACUAACAAAACAUAUCCAAUCGGCUGUCCUUUGCAUGUUAACCUCUUUUACAACACGCAUCGAGAUUUCCUGGUACAGUUAUCUGUUUUUUGCACUGCCACUGAUGGUUUGAUGAGUCCUUCUCAAAUUUGAUUGUGGUGAAUAAAUGCACAGUAGAUACCUACAUGGUGGGUGGAUCUUCCAUUUUAGUUUUUUUUUGCACACCAGAGCAUCUGGCGUGGGCCCAGUAUUUUUGGAAUACCCCGAGGAACCAACCUUAGCUCGAAUUAUCUGUAGUAAUAGCUAUAUCUUUUCAUCACUUUUUUAUUGGUUUUCUUGACCUGAACAAUCUAGACAUGACAAAAUAUGACUGAUUACGUUUCUGUGAUAAAUGUUUUCACUUCACAUGGUUAAUUUGAUGGACACCUAUAUUCGAAUAGUAAACAUCAUUUUACAAAUGAGACCUUAUACAGGCAUUGAGGCAUAGAAACUUGAUAGGUGUAGGUAGGUAUCUAUAAAGUUAUUCAAUUGCUGAUCGCAAAACAAUAAUUUCAAUUCAUAGUUUGUAAAUUUGGCAUUAGAUGAUUGGGUGUCACUGAUGUUAUGUAUAUUUAGCCAUAUUUUGCCAUUGUGAAUGUUGAAGGUUUUUCAGAAAGAUUCUCUCUCUCUUUUCCACUAUUUUAGUUCGGGUCUAUUUUCUCGUCUUUUCAUUUCAUGUUUUUUGUUUUAUGGUAUUUUCCACUAAUAUUGGCAAUGUGAUAAUUUAAUUUUAAUAUCAGAGCUUUUCAAGAUCUUUGCUGAGUGUUAUCUAGUUAAUAUAGUAAGUAAAAGUAUACAACAUUUAUUAUAUAUUUAGAAGUGAAGUAUUCAAGAAUUAAAUUGUGUAAAAAUAUACCAGAUAUUUGUGAUGGUGGCCUUUUGAUUGGAAAUUCAUAGGUUCCUGUUUUACUUAUAUCAUUGUUUAUUUACAGCUUGCAGUAGCAAUGUAUAUUAUUUAUUUGUAUAUAUUGAAUCGAUGAGUUAUAAUUAUAUGCUUUUGUGAUGUAUAUAAUCUUUACCAAAGUACGAUCGAACGAUCUGAAUCCGAUAUUCCGAUAAUUUAAGUUUAUAUUCCAGAAUAAAUAACCCAUUUGUAUUUUUUCAAUGAAUCAUUAUCAGGUGCCAUGUACACCUCUGUAACUUUUCUUUAUUGAUUGUAGUGCUGAACUGUAAAAAAAGUUAAGUUUCAGUGACCUAUCAAUAACCCUGUAGAUUUCACCCAUAAUGAAUAAAUCAUAAUUG